CUGAGUAACCAUGAGUCUCUCUGCCAAGGACAAGACCACCGUCAAAGCUUUCUGGGCCAAAGUCGCCCCAAAGGCUGGGGACGUCGGUAGCGAUGCACUGGCUAGGAUGCUUACUGUCUACCCUCAGACCAAGACUUACUUUUCUCACUGGAAGGAUUUGAGCCCUGGCUCUGCCCCUGUAAAGAAGCACGGAAAGGUUGUGAUGUCUGGCGUGGAAGAAGCGGUCAACAAAAUCGAUGACCUGGCAAGUGGACUGCUUAACCUGAGCGAGCUGCACGCUUUCCAGCUCCGUGUUGAUCCUGCCAACUUCAAGUUUCUGGCCCACAACUUGCUGGUGGUUCUGGCGAUCACGUUUCCCAGUGACUUUACUCCUGAGGUACACGUGUCUAUGGACAAGUUUCUUACCGCCGUGGCUUUGGCUCUCUCCGAGAAGUACCGAUAAGCAGCUGAGCUGUCAAAAAAUGAACACACACGUAAACCCACAUAAUCAAGGUCUUACUGAAAUACAGUAGAUUGUUUUGAUCCAAAUA